AGCUGUCAGAGGUCACCUUAAAGCGAAGAUAUCAAACAAGCUAGUGGACACGCCCCACCGGCCGGUUCCUGCGUUGACACCUUGCUUUUAAUCACCGUCGUUGUCGCUUGAGGGCUGCGGCCAAUCGUGCGCCAUACCUGUGCUGCACAUAGAUAGUAGAGUGAUUGCAAAGGAUCGAUUGCCCGCUGAAGGUUGCUGGACGAAGAUCUGCUGCCUUCUGUCGGGGUGCGUGAUGAAGCUGGGAAGGGAUUUGUCGGCUCGUGAUUUUACAGACGCCCGGCAUCCGAGUCGGUGACAUGGGAAGCCGAGUAAGCGGCGCGUAACGCACAGAAGGAAGGCUGUCCCCACAAAAGAAAGCAGCAGCGGUCCGCUUCCCUGCGAAUGUCCGCGAGGGAUACCUCCAGCGAGACUUCACCCGAGCCCGACAUCUACCGCGCCGAUCCCCGGUUGAAUUCUCACUUGGAUGCCAUCAAUGCCUUCCAUUCCGGAGCGACCGCGCACCAGCAAGCACUGAUGCGCCAGGUGCAGCUGGAAAACGGGCACAUGACCCCACCCACGCUGCCUGACAAUCCCAUGCGUUCCCAUGCACAUGUCGGUGGCCAGCAGCGAAGCGAGGGCAUGGCCUGGGCCGGCAUGCAGGGCUUGGACGGCCGCAGGGGCGAGGCAUUCGCCAGCCUGGGCUCUCAGAGCUACAACCCCGCGCAGCGCCAGCAGUUCCUGCAGCCGCUGUCCAUGCACAACACCGUGACCAGUGGCAUGCCCCUCCCAGAGCAGGCCCUGCCGGAGCACCGCCUGGACCUGGGCAGCCUGGAGAGCGCGCAGUUCGCGGGCAAUGGCCUCGGCGGCCGCGCCGGCGCGCUGGCCAGCCUGAACUCGGCGACAGGGAACGCCAUCUGCCGCACAGCGCUAUUCAACCAGCCCAAUGGCCGGACGGCUGCGCGCAACAUUGUGCUGAAGGUCGCGCCAACGUCGGCCGCUUCGCCGGGGCCGGCGAACCGGGGCUCUAAGGCCUUGGCCGUGGAUAUGGAGACGAUGCCGUCCGCAGAGUCGCAGAAGGCCCCAGAGCCGCCCCCGGCAGCCGCCGCGUAUGCGCCGCAGCAGCCGAGCGGCGUUGCCACGCGGGGCCUGCGGCAGGGCGCGCGGCGCAACCCGCCUCGCUACUCCGACUUCACCGACGACCUGUCCGACACCGACAGCCAGGAGCUGUCCUACAACGAGGACGAGGACCUGGGUGCGUUCAGCGAGGAGGAGGACAACAGCAGCCGCCGCUUGGGCCUGCGCUCGCGCGGCAGCAGCCUGCAGAGCGCAGACGCGAGCCAAUUCCUCAGCGCCAUGUCCGGCGGGGCGGACUCCGGCGGCGGGGGCGCGCGCCGCGGGGGCGUCGCGCCGAAGCGGCCGCGCUCCAAGACGCUGCUGUGCGAGCAGGACCCCGAAGCGCCCGGCCUCACCCUCGACCAGCGCCGCAAGAUCCGCAG